AGAAACACUGUAAAAACACUCUCUGCGAGUAACCAAUUCCCGCCCAUAUUCCAUAUGUCCAACCCACAGACUGUAAACCUGCAGGACUAAACACCUAACAACAGAGACAACCGCUCAUUUACUGGAUUCAUUUCAUCACUUCACACUCCUCCUCACUCACUAUCGCUCCAGUUCAGAGAGAGAGAGAGAGAGAGAGAGAGAGAGAGAGAGAGAUUGGUACUGCUGCCCUCAGCUGUGUCUCCGGCUCUCUGAAUCUAAAUGCUUUGAGGAAAAUGAGCACGAGCUGCCCUCAGGAUAUUUCACUGUGUGGAAGAUUCGCUUUAAAGUCCGGCUGGAGAACAAACUGGAACUGGGUGGCUAGCAUCUGCAGCGUUGAGAUAAGGCAUGGCAGGAAUUGAAAGAUGCCCCGAGCGGUCCUCAAGCUGCGAGACCAAGUGUCCGUCUCUACAACCUGGUCACCUUGAGCAGCAAGAGACUGCAAGGCGAGGAAUAGUCAUCCAACUGACAGGAACAGAGGGUGAAUGGGACAGUCUUGACGACAAUGAGCUCAUAUUCACACUGGACAAGGAUGGAAAGAAAUCCCUCAGCUCUACAAGCUCCCUUCCAAAGCCCAGGCCAUGCUCCAUGGACAUCCGAACAGAUGACGAAUGGAGCAUCCCCUCCUCCAUAUUCCACAUGCCCCUGUCCCCAUCUUCUCCAGGUUCUUUGGGGGAUUGCUCGUCCUCCUCAGGCCUGGGCUUCCUCUCUCCUACCCACCGUCCACUAGCCAGCCUGGUGAAAUCCCUGUCCACAGAGCUAGAGCUUAAAGACAAUUCCUCACUCAAACCCAAGCCUUUCCUUAGCCUGGUCAAGUCCAUCUCCACCGAGCUUUCUCGCAGUGAGCCUGAAGUUUCCCAAUCUAAGUCAGAUUCCAGGCUCAACCUGCACCUGUGGACGCAGCUGACCCAGUCCAAAAAUCACAACGGAGACUCCCGCACGGCCCCACCGUCCCCUGUAGAGCUGUCCCCUUCUGAGCCCAAAGCAGGAUUCUUCAAAACGGAGCUGGAGGACACCCGCCGCAAGCUGACCGAGGCCAUGCAUGAACCUCUGAGCGUCUUCAGCAAGAUAAUGCGCGAGGACAGCGUAGGCAGCCCCAAGCACCACAGAAGCACAGGAUCCAUGGAUUCUCUCUGCUCUAAAGGGUUUGGAAGGUCAAGUGGAGACCAUACAACAACCUGUGAGGGUUCUAUGAGGACCGCAAAGAGAGCGGAUUGUGACGGACUUCCUAUGUGUAGCUGGGCAGUAAGACGCCGCAAGAGAGGUCUUCAGAGAUCCUACCUUACGUACAGUCACCACAGCAAACCAGAGGAUGCAGAAGCCAUGCCAGUUGUUUUCACAGAUGAAAAUGUCACGCAGGAUGGACAUACUACCAACAAAAGUAGACUGGGCACAGACCAUGCCCUAGAACUGACCAGUUCUCCAGUCCCAAAAAUGGCUCUUUGCUGUGUUGCUGCUUUGUCCUACUGCUACUUAAUCUUGCCUUGGUCUCCUUACUGGUCUGGAAUGCUCUUCGGCCUGGCUUUUGGUGUCAUGCUAGGGCUUUUUCUUAUCCGGUUAGGAUCGGCCAGGCCCAGGUUUGCUGGGCAUCCAUAUAGACUCAACGAGGAUCCAUAUCACUUGAUUCAGAACGAGACCUUCUUGAGCAACACACGCAUGCUUAAGGGCUGGAUGAAUGAGAUGUACACAUAUGAUCCAGAGACCUACCAUCCAUCUAUAAUGCACUCUGUGUUUGUCACAUUGGACGGCCCUUGUCUUCGUCUGGAUUAUCCCAGAAACAACAUCCCCCGCUGGGCCACAUUCGAUGAACCACCCCAUGAAAAAAGUUUCAUCUACACUCGUACAUUCCAGCUGGAUGGCAGCAAGGUAUUCCUGCUGCCCCCGGUCCUGGCAUGCAAGAGGGUGUGGAACAGAAAGUAUCCCAUCUGUAUCACACUUGCUAGAGGAGAGGAGCGAACGGAGGAGGCGGCACGGGAGACUCACCAUGCGACACACAGAGCUGAGAAAUUAACACAUCCACCGUCUAAAGCCAGCCACCCGACCACACUCUACCUCUUUGGACGAACAGGGAGGGAGAAGGAGGAGUGGUUCUAUCAUCUUCUUUCUGCAUCCAGUGUUACAGAGGAGGGUCAGUGUGAAUCUACAUCUGAUGUGUCUGUGACGCAUGAAGACGGCUCCGGGUGUCCAGUGCAGGUCACUGGGGUCUCCAGCAGGGACAGCACUGAUAACGUAUCGUCUGUGCCCGUGCUCCCUGCUGACCUGGUGGGCAGAGUGAGAGAGAAUGUUCUGCUGGACUACACCUCCUACAUGACCUAUCUCCUCUCCUCAACACACGCCACACACAGUUCACCUCCAAACUCCCACCACAGCAGCACACAGGCCAGUCCCACGGACAAAGAGCAGAAUGUAUGCUAUCAUGUGGAGGAAACCCAGCCUAUGUGGAUCAAUGCUCUGAUUGGUCGGAUUUUCUGGGACUUCCUCCGCGAGAAGUACUGGGCUGAUCAAGUAGCUCACAAGAUUCAGCGCAAGCUCAGCAAAAUCAGGUUGCCUUACUUCAUGGAUGAACUGACCCUGACUGAGCUGACCAUGGGUUCCUGCAUGCCCCAGAUCACGGGCACGUCUCUGCCGCACGUCAAUACCAGAGGACUGUGGCUACAGCUGGAGAUCGAUUAUACAGGUGCCCUACAGAUGACCCUGGAAACCAAGAUUAACCUGUCCAAACUGGGCAAAGAUGGCGACCCGGUGAUGAUCAGAGAAGUGGAGACUUCCAUCUUGCGCAGCACCAGGUCCAAGCUCUCUGUUCUGGCUGACAGUGAUGCAGAAUCCUCUAGUGCUGGAUCCUCAGAUGAAGAGGAGGCUCCAUUCACUGAGCCUCAAGGAACGCUGGGAGAAAAGGGAACUCCUCCGGGUGCUGAAAGUGGCACUGCCGGGGGCAGCACAGGCCGGCGGAUUUUGAGAUUUGUCGACAAAAUCGCUAAAUCCAAGUAUUUCCAGAAGGCUACGGAAAAUGAGUACAUCAAAAAGAAGAUUGAGGAGAUGUCCAACACGCCUCUGCUGCUCACUGUCGAAGUGCAAGAACUUUCUGGACUGCUUGCUGUCAACAUCCCACCUCCUCCAACGGAUAGAAUAUGGUACAGUUUCUGUGUGCCACCAAAGCUUGACCUGCGAGUCAGACCCAAAUUGGGAGAACGAGAGGUGACCUUCUGUCAUGUCACUGAGUGGAUUGAGAAGAAGCUGCAGGAUGAGUUUCAGAAAGUGUUUGUUCUACCAAACAUGGAUGACAUAUACCUUCCUCUGAUGCACUCCAGUGUGGAGAACCCAGCGGCACCUCAGCAGAACCCAGCAACAUGCUCUCCUACUGCAGACAUCACUGAAACCAGCCCCCUCAAGCACACUUCAUCAUUAGACUAGUGCCGCCCUGUGGACACUUGUGUCAGUACACGGCCUCCACUGCAGUUGAGUAGGUCAUGGAUGGAUUUCUGGAUUCAGUCCAGAAAACAACAAUGCGGGUCAGACUGGCAUGCGUUUCUGUGUAGAUGAUGAUGAUAAUAAAGGGAUGACCAAGUGAAGCCUGGUUUACUA